CCGGUAUAAACACGGCGGCCAGCUCAGCGUGAGAUUUAUUUCCGACUGAUGUCCAAAUUAACUUUAUGUCCGACCAUUUUUCUUGAUAGUUAUACAAUUUACCGGUAUUUGAUUCUUUCAUCGAUUUGUAUUCAGUUUGCAUUCUGCCAGUCUUGUAAAUCAACACCUUUCUAUGACAGCACUGCUGAACAAUGCAAAGCAUCUGCCUUAGGCUUUGCAACUGCUGAGAAUAUGAACAAUGCAUUAGCAGUUGUUGUGUACAAUGAAGAUAGUGUUUUUCCACUGCACAAACCUGAGAGAACAUUCAAAUAUUGUGAUAGAGAUAUCGUUAUUAAGCAGGAUUGGUCAGGUUUAGGUGUUGCAGCAGUUGUAUGGGAUGCUGCAGAGGUCUUGUCUGAGUAUCUAGAGAACAGUGCGGAUAUAGUGAAAGACAAAACGGUGAUAGAGCUAGGAGCUGGGACAGGUCUGGUUGGAAUAGUUGCAUCUCUGUUAGGUGCUAAAACAACAAUUACAGAUCGUGAAGAAGUUUUGCAGUAUCUACAAACAACGGUCAAAAGUAACUUACCUGGGGCCAUAUACAAGAAUACACAAAUUCUACCACUUGACUGGACCAGAGAUUUGGACAAGUUCCACACUACCUAUGAUGUGAUCUUAGGAGCUGAUAUUGUCUAUAUUGAAGAAGUUUUUGAUGAUUUGCUCAGCACCUUAAUACAGCUCAGUAAUAAAGAGACAGUUAUACUUCUGUCAUGUAGAAUUAGAUAUGACAGAGAUACUAAUUUCCUAAACAGACUUGAGGAUCAUUUUGAUGUCGUGAAAGUACUAUAUAGCAAAGAGAAGGAUGUAAACUUGUACAAAAUGACAAAAAGGUAAAAGUUUUGAUGCAUUUCGGUCUAUUUUUGUGGUUAUGCAUGCAAUGAGAGCAGACAUCUGAAGAGACAUCUGAGGAAACCUACAAGAGAAAAAAAACAUUUAAAUGUAAUAUUUGUAAGUUUUCCAGCAAUUCCAGCGGUCAUUUUAGGAGACAUAAUAUGAGUACACAUACUAGAGAGAAACCCUUCAAGUGUUAUACAUGUGAUUUUGCAUGCUGCACAAGCAGUAACUUAAAGGUACAUACAUGUAUUAGGACACAUAUUGGAGAAAACCCCUUUAGAUGUGAUAAUUGUGAUUAUGCAUGCAAUGAAAGCGGUCGUCUGAAGACACAUAUGAAGAUACAUACUGGAGUGAAACCUUUUAAAUGUAGUUAUUGUGAUUAUGCAUGCAAUAACAGCAGUCAUCUGAAGAGACAUUUGAAGAUACAUACUGGAGAGAAAGCUUUUAAAUGUAAUAUUUGUAAUUAUGCAUGCAGUAA